AUGCGGCCGCUUCUCCUCAUCACCACCCUUCUGGGUUGGGUAUCCAGCGUCAUUUCUACUGACAACGGCCUGACCGACCUCGUUUCUUGGGACUCAUACAGCCUGUCAGUCAACGGCACGAGAGUGUACAUCAACUCGGCAGAGUUCCAUUACCAGCGGUUGCCCGUCCCAGAGCUCUGGCUGGACAUCUUUCACCGGCUGAAGGCUAACGGCUUCAACACCGUGAGCAUAUACUUCUUCUGGUCUUACCACUCUGCUUCCAAGGGAGUAUUCGACUUCGAAAGCCCAGGAAAGGACAUUCAGCAGCUGUUCGGCUACGCGAAGGAGGCAGGUCUCUGGGUUGUUGCCCGCCCCGGUCCCUAUUCCAACGCUGAAACCUCGGGGGGCGGCCUGGCCCUGUGGGGCUCUGAUGGGAGUCUGGGCAACCUGAGGACGAGCGACGAGACGUAUCAUCAGGCUUGGAUCCCUUGGGUGCAAGAGAUUGGGUCGAUAAUUGCGGCUAACCAGAUCACCAAUGGCGGUCCUGUGAUCCUCACACAGGUUGAGAACGAGCUGACGGAGUCUGUCCAUUCGGCGGACAACACACUUGUGAUUUACAUGGAACAGCUGAAAAGGGCCUUCCGCGCCGCCGGCAUUGUCGUUCCUUUCACGUCCAACGAGAAGGGCAUGAGAGGACAGUCGUGGAGCACAGAUUAUCAGGACGUCGGAGGGGCUGUCAAUGUCUACGGCUUAGAUUCCUACCCAGGUGGACAAUCCUGCACAAAUCCUUCUACCGGAUUCAAGGUAGUACGCACAUACUACCAAUGGUUCCAGAAUUAUAGCUACACUCAGCCCGAGUUUAUGCCAGAAUUCCAAGGAGGAUGGUUUAGUGCUUGGGGCAGUGGCUCUUUCUAUGACACGUGCACAUCCGAGCAUUCUCCGGCCUUCCCAGAUGUCUACUACAAGAAUAAUAUCGGCCAAAGAGUCACCCUGCAGAACAUCUACAUGACCUACGGUGGCACCAACUGGGGUCAUUCGGCUGCACCGGUCGUUUAUACUAGCUACGAUUAUAGCGCACCGAUCCGGGAAACUCGUCAACAAUGGGACAAGCUGUUCCAGACAAAGUUGGUGAACCUUUUCUCGAGCUCUUCUCCGGACCUCCUCAAGACGGAGAUGGUGGGCAAUGGCACUGGAUAUCAAGUCUCAUCAAGCGAUAUUUUCACUUGGGUGCUUCGGAACCCUGACUCCGGUGCUACCUUCACCGUUACCCAGCAGAGCAGUACUCAGUCCACAGCGAAUGUGACGUUCUCUGCCACAUUGAACACGAGCUCCGGAUCAGUCACAGUACCAGACGUCUCGUUGCUUGGCAGGCAGAGUCGAAUCCUUGUCACGGACUAUGCCUUCGGUGAUCAUACCCUGCUGUAUUCCUCGGCUGAUGUCGCAACCUGGGCUACAAUCGAUGAAGCCGAUGCCAUAGUGUUCUAUCUCAAGGAGGGACAGACUGGCCAAUUCGCCCUCAAGGGCGAGCCAAGCCUCACAUACGAUGUACACGGUAGUUCUGCCUUCCGCUCUUCGAACAGCACAACAGCCGGUCAGACUUUCACGUACGUUCAAGGAUCAGGGUCGACAUUCGUCAAAUUCUCGAACGGCGUGCUGGUCUACCUCCUUGACCAACCGACGGCGUGGACGUUCUGGGCCCCAUCAACUGCCGCUGAGGUAUACCGCUCGCCCAGCGACAAGGUCUUUGUUUUGGGGCCAUAUCUCGUCAGAAGCGCAUCGAUCAGUGACGGCGCCCUCCACAUAUCGGGCGACAAUGAUGUAGCUACUACACUCGAGGCGCUCGUUGGCGCAACACCGAUCACAAGCAUCGUUUGGAACGGCAAAGAGCUCAGCGCAAGCAAGACAGCCUACGGCACUUAUACUGCGGAAAUCCCUGGCACCGAAGCGCGCUCAGUCUCACUGCCUCCUCUCGAAUCGUGGACCUCGGCGGAUUCCCUUCCCGAAGCGCAACCCGACUUCGACGAUUCCGCCUGGGUUAUCUGCAACAAGACCUCUACUCUGUCCCCUAUCAAGGCGUACACUCUUCCCGUGCUCUUCUCCUCUGAUUAUGGGUACUAUACCGGCGCGAAGCUCUACCGUGGAUACUUCUCCGGGUCAAACUUUACGUCCGUCAACAUCAGCGCGAGUGGUGGUCUAGCGUUUGGCUGGAAUGCCUGGCUGAACGGCGUCCUGAUCGGCGGCGACCCUGGCAAUGCCUCGCUCCCGACCACGACACAGGUCCUCGACCUCCCGCUGUCUGCGCUCCAAAAGAGCAAUGGGAGCAAUGUCUUGACUGUCGUCGUAGAUUACCACGGGCACGACCAGACCUCGACGGCUAAGGGCGUAGAGAACCCGCGAGGUAUCCUCGGCGCUCAGCUGCUGCCAGGCACGACGACGACGGACACGGGAUUCACCCUCUGGAAGAUCCAAGGCAACGCAGGCGGCAGCGCAAACAUCGACGCCAUCCGGGGGCCGAUGAACGAGGGCGGUCUAUACGGUGAACGACUGGGCUGGCAUCUUCCGGGCUUCUCGCCCGCGUCGUCAUACUCCUCCUCAGUAGGCACCUGGGAUGACUCGACGCCGUUCGACGGGCUGAGCACCUCAGGCAUCCGCUUCUACGUCUCCAACUUCACGCUGGACAUCGAGGACGACCUGGACGCGCCCCUGGGGCUGUCGCUCUCCUCGCCCGCCGGGACCGUCGCCAGAGUCAUGUUCUGGAUCAACGGGUACCAGUAUGGCAAGUACGAGCCCCACAUAGGCCCGCAGACCGUCUUCCCCGUGCCGCCGGGGAUCAUCAACAACCAGGGGUCCAACUCGAUCGCGGUCAGCAUCUGGGCGCAGACGGACGACGGCGCCCGCCUCGACGAGGUGAAGCUCGUCAGCUACGGGCUGUACCAGACUGAUUAUGGGUACUCGAGGGAUUGGAGUGCGUUGCAGCCUGGGUGGUCGGAUAGGAGUGAGUAUAUUUAA